UAUACGCGGCUCUGAAUCUUCGCACGGCACGAGGUUGGGAGCUGAACAGAUGUACUGUAGAAGUGGGACAUUUCACAGUGUGCUCGACUUUAUUUCUCCUAGUCAUCUCCACAGCUAUGUCGGCUCCCGUUGUCAAGGCCCCCAUGCACGUGCCCCCUAUGGCAGAGGCAGCCAAAGUAUUGCAAGAAGGACUCGCUAAGAACUUUGAGAAUGUCACAGUGAAUGUGGUGGAGUGUCCGGACCUGACUCAGGAACCCUUCCUAUUGUCAGCCAAAGGUAUAUGUGGGAGUCCGAGACUGGCCGAUGUUGGGGGAACCCCCUAUCUCCUGCCUCUAGCUCAGAGGGACAAGGUGUUUAACUUCCCCCUGAUAUCCAAGCUGGUCAACUUGCCAGGUGCCUUCAUUGUUGGAGCUGGGGCCGGUCCAUGUCAUGUUGUAGGGAGCAACAGCGAGCUGGUGGGCAAUGUGAAGGUUCCGGAGACUGAUAGUGGCAGUGUCAUCAACAACACCUACACUGCCAAGAUACAGAAUGAUGCCUGUGUUCUGGAGAAAGUAAACUCCACAGACUUCUGUCUCAUGGGGAACUUCCUGUGCUCAGAAGGAAAACCAGGAAAGGUAAUUGAAGUUGUUGCAAGCAAGAGAACUGGUCCGGACAACUUCAUGACCAGCUUGAGGACGAGUCUGGCCAAUCACUACAAUACCAAGCCUGUAGCCCUGGGUGGAACCUUCCUGAUAGAGAGUGGGAAGGCCUACCUGCACAUCAUGCCCGACUUCUCCAAGACUCCCCUCACUUCUGAAGCAGACGUCAACAACUGGCUGAAGUUCUUCGAGAUGGACGCACCCCUGGUGUGCCUGGGAGAGCUGGUGUCACAUGACCCUGACCUUGACCUUCGGGUAGAGCAUUUCCACUGCUUCAGCACACAUGGUCAGGGAGGUCACUACCACUAUGACACCACGCCCAACGAGGUCAAGUACAGAGCCUACUUUUCAUUGGCUGAGUUUAUCUACAGAAUUGACCAACCAAAGGAAACUCAUAACAUGGGGCGUUGAGGUCAAAAGUCAAGGUCAUGAACCAUUUUUAAGUGGGUCAAGGUCAAAGUGGGUAACUGACCUUCACUUUAGCUAUCAAAAGUAUUGAAGAUUCGGAACACCUUCCAUCCUUAAUUGGAAUAUGUGAUUGUUUUCUGGUCAAAUCACUUGUUGCACAUCUGGUUGGGGACAUACAGUUUAAUUUAUUGUUGUGAUUAUAUCGAAUCAAAUUCUCAUCAGUACAAAUCAGUAACUUUAGACCAUGUACACAAGAAAAUAGACACCUCAUCUGUAUCCAUGCAAAUUGCACUGAUUCUUUAUCUUUUCUCAUUUUCACAUAUCUUCUUAAUUUAAUGAAAAAGUGUUUCAUAGUUUGUUGAGAAUUAUGGAAUAACAGAACCACAUUUUUCCAUUUUGUAGGUUUUAAUAUGCAGGGAUGGAAAUAACUUUAAAUUGCUAGUGUACUCCGCCACAGUGGCACAUGUAAAAUCACUUGCCCUGAUAAUUUUUCCUCUAUACCGGUCGUUUUCUUGUUGAUUUUUUAAAUAAACAACAUAAUUAACAUUGGAAAGUCAACUGGACACCGGUACAGCGUGAUAUACAAAUUUGCUUGCCCGACAGAAGAAAACACUGGACUCGGACGUCGGGCAAUGGGUUAUUUCCACCCCUGAUAGGAAAGCACAUACUUGCAAGGCUUGUCUUGAUAUUAAGUGAAGCAUAACUCGUUAUGAAAACUUGCCAUUGUAGCAAUACAGUGAUAAUUUAUUUGAUUAUAGUAUUUUGUUACCGCAUAUUGAUGCAAAGCUGUAUUAAAUACCUCUGUACUGCUGGAGAUAUUAGAUAUUCUACAUUCGUCAUCGGAUGUUGGUUGGUCUGAUUUCUGAGGUGAUGAUCUCCGAAUUACAUUUCCUUGCUACUUCGAAACUGUCUCCACAUAAAUAAAACAUUGUUAAGUCAGAGCUGAUGUUUUUGUAUUUUUCAGCUAAAUGGGAGCUGGAGCUUACAGUGAUCAUAUAUAGUUUUCAAAAUCAAUUGUAUUUUAUUUUGUCAGUGUUUACUUGACAGUAUUGUCAAUCAGUGUUUUGUUAUACUUUAUACCCAAGGAUUGAAACAUAAUUCAAUAAAUAUUUUUACACAUUU